AUACAUUCUAUAUCUUUAUAAGUUACAAUAGAGAAGAUGUAAAUAAUAUGAAAGUAAUAAUAGAAAAUUAUUAAUACCGUAGAUUGCCACGUUAUAAGUGAUUUAUUUCCGUCUGAAUGAGAACGUGAUAUUUAUUCUAUAAUUAUUAGAAUAUUCUAUAAUUAUAUUAAUAAAUAUACAUUGUUAUAAACUCGUAAAUAAUUACUUCAAUUCCACUAUAUGUAUCUUGUUUAUUUUAUUUUUGUAAAUCAAUGUAUAUUCAUUACUAAGAUUUUUGAUAUUUGUAGAAAAUAAUCAUAAUUUGUAAUAACAUUUUUAUUUUUACAUAUAGUAUAUAAGAAACAAUAUGUAAUAUAUGUAUACAUAUAAAAAUAUAUAUAAAAUACAAAUAUAUAUAAAAUAUAUAUAAUAUACGUACAUACACACAUACAGGAAUAAAAAAUAUGUUUAUUUUUUAUAUUAAAAAUCGAGAUAACUAUAUUACAGUUUUAAAAAAGAAAUGAUGAAAGUGUAUUUAAUUGAUACUAGGUUGUGUAGCCAAGAAUAAGUAAAGACAAAGAGAGAAAAUAAUAGGAAAAAGAGAGAGCCAUCUUCAGUGUGCCGUAGAUUAAACAUAAAUACAGACAAAGAUAAUAAAUAAUAAGAAAAAGACAGACAUAGGAUCAGAAUUGUUUUCCAGCGCCAUCUUUUGAAUGUCAAAAAUGUUUCACAAAAAUGAUAAGAUAAGAAUUAGAAACUACUGCCAUCUUUUAGAAAAAUGUCUCUAUAUUAGAAAGAUGGCGCUGAUCUUCAAUUUUUGCUAUUUCCAUUUCUUUGACAUUUGCUCUUCUUGUUUAUUUAUUUUAUUUAAGACUAAGAGUCCAAGGAUAAAAACAAUAGUCAAUAAGUACACAUACUUUAUAUAAUCAAAUAUAAUUAAUUAAAAGAAUCAUUAAACUGCUUUAUUUUUAAUGUAAUAAAAAAUGCCUCCAAAAUCUAAAUCGAAUUCUAAGGAAACAGGAAUGAAUAAAAAGAUUUCAGAUCAAUCAAAAUUGACACAUACUUGUGUAGAAACUAGUAGUGGUUUGAGCCAGGAAGUUGAAGAUCAAUUUGAAUUAGAAUUAUGUUGGUGUGUUCAACAGUUAGAAAUGUGUUUAUCCACUGGAAAACUUCCUGAAAAACAAAUGCAUGACUUAAAAAGAAAUAUAAAUAUUUUAAAGAGCAAUAAUGCCUCUUUGAUAAAAAAGAGACAAAUAAUGCGUAAUACUUUAGGAAAUUAUAGAGAAAAAAUGGCUUUGGACGAACAAAAAUUUGGCAAAACUGCAUUUUCUAUCAAAUUUAUGUCUACAAUCAAUCAAAAUAAGAAAAGUAUAUUUUUAAAGAAAGCUGCUUCUACAUCUUCUUCUACAUCUUCAAAGGAAAAACAAUGUUUGAAAACUAUCGCACUAUAUCCAAACUCAAAUGAAAAUAUUGAUAUUAUUAAUGUACAAAAUCCAUUUAAAUUUAAUUUUCAAAUUACUGAAUAAAAGAAUUUUAUAUAUAUUUAUAUAAAA